AUCUUGGCUUUUCCCUCGCAUCGUGCCGUCACUCCCCUUCCCCUUUGCCAAUUGAAACCCCGCCAUCCCUUCCGUUCCUCCGGCCCAAGAUGAGCUCGCCGCAGGAACAUCACCGUUCGAGCAGCCCUCGCGUGGGCUCGUUCAAGCGACCCUCCGUACUCAGUCCCGACAUCGAUCCGUAUCCCUUGGCCACGAGGGGUAACGGCGCCUUGGUCUCGCUCAUCAGGAACCGCUCCAACGCCACGUUGCGGGAGUCCCUCAAGAGCCCUGCUUACCUCCAGCUGGGGCACGACGAUGACGACCACGAAAGCACCUCGCUGCUGAGCUUCCUGCAGAACCACUCAGACGACGACCAUCACCACCGCUCCGCCGCCGAGGAGCGCCGCCUCAGCGAACUCAUCUUCGGCCCUCAGAUGAGGAGCAUGCGCCUUAUCGGAAACAGCAACCCGCGCUACCAAUGGGAGCGCUACUGGAAGACCGAGGCCGAGCUCGAGGUCAUGCCAAUGCAUAUACGCAAAUACUAUGAGAGGAACAACGACCUGAUUCGCAUGUAUCUCUACAUCGACCAGCUCUUGGAUUCAUCCGUGCCCCACGACCUGCUCAACGAGUACCACCAAGCUCUCGACGCCUCGGCAUACCGUCCCGUCGACGUGCCCCAGACCAUCACCGAGGAGUCACCAACCCCAACCUCACCACCCUCGCGCGGCGGCCUCGCCUAUGGCACCAGCGCCAAUGCUUCGGUUCAAAACAGCAGCACCGAGCAGAGCAGUUCGGCAAACAGCAUCCAGCAAAAGGCGGCGAAACGCAAACCCAAGGACAUUUUUCGCUCCACCGAGUCCACCCCACUUCUCAAUGGCAGCAACGACGAGGAGGAAGGUUUAGCCGACCAGCCCAAGCCCGAGAUUCCUUGGCUCGAGGAUGGCGACCUCGACAGCAGCGACCCCAUCGUCACCCUCGCCAUCUGGGUCAACUUCAUCGCCAACGCCUUCCUGCUCAUUGGCAAGGUCCUAGUCGUCAUCUCUGUCCCCUCCGUUUCCGUCCUCGCCAGCUUGGUCGACGCUGUCCUCGACUUCCUCAGCACCGCCAUCGUAUGGACGACAACCCGGCUCAUCGCCGCCAGCCAAAAUGACCAGCACUCCUACCCUGUGGGUAGACGGCGCCUUGAACCCCUUGGUGUACUGGUUUUCUCUAUCGUUAUGGUCACAUCGUUCUGCCAGGUCGCGCUGGAAGCCAUCCAACGCCUCAUGUCUCCCGACCACGAAAUCGUCCAACUAGGCAUUCCUGCCAUUGCUAUCAUGGUGGGCACCGUAGUCAUCAAGGGUUUAUGCUGGCUCUGGUGCCGUCUCAUCAAGAACUCGAGCGUUCGAGCCUUGGCUGACGACGCCAUGACUGAUGUCAUCUUCAAUACCGGUUCCAUAUUGUUCCCCAUUGUCGGCUAUUUUGCCAGGAUCUGGUGGCUCGACGCCCUCGGCGGCCUGCUUUUGUCAGGCGUUGUCAUUGUCAAUUGGAGCCAGACUUCGAUGCACCACGUCCGAAACCUGACAGGGUUCUCAGCCACUUCGGACGAGAGAAACCUCCUGCUGUACCUUACCAUGCGUUUCGCCACGUCCAUCAGGCAGAUCCAGAACCUGCGGGCCUACCACGCCGGUGACAAGCUCUUUGUUGAGGUUGACAUCGUCCUCAAUGCCAACAUGCCGCUCAAGGACAGCCACGACCUCAGCGAGGUCCUGACCUAUUUCCUUGAAUCAGUGCCAAUUGUCGACCGUGCCUUCGUGCAUGUUGACUAUGCGACGUACAACGUUGACACUCACAUUGCGCAAUAGCCCGGCCACAGGCGCCUGCGACAACCAGUGCUGCUGCACGCGGACACCUCGGUGCUUCGCCUCUGGUGAAAUUAAACUCGAGGCGGUCAUGUAAACUAAGCCCCAUCGAUUUUAUAACGGAAGCAUUUGUAUACUAUUUGGAAACAAGAAAGAGUGGGUUUCGGGUCAGGAUGGGAAGCGGGAGGCCAAAAAAGGGCAAACCAGAGCAUAGAAAGAGGGAACGGCGUGAGUAGUUCGCAAAAAGAAGAGAAGAAACCAAGAAAGUUCCGGGGUGGAUAUCUGCAUUCCUCAAGCGAUUGGGUCAGGGUCUGGAAUCAACAUUGUUUCUUGAAGCGGUUUGGUGGGCGGCUUGUUGGCCGAAGGGGGGGGCGACCAGGUCGUGCCUAGUAUUGGGUCAUUUGAGAAUAGCCCUGCUACUCAAAGCAUGAGUUGUGACAAAAAGGUGGAAAGGGAUAGAACAGGGAUGGGGUAAGAUGGGAGACAGUCCCACAUCGCAUUUUU